GUUUUGUUUCGCCUUUAGCCGUGUAUUUUGGCCGUGCUGUUCGCCGUAGGAAAACAAAUAUGGCGUCUUCUAUGGACGUUCACGUCCGAAUUUGUGCUCAGGAAAUCAUUAAAUAUGACCUCGAAAUUAAAGCUCUCAUUCAGGACAUUAGGGACUGUCCUGGACCUCAGUCUUCUCACAGGGAACUCAACGCUCAGGUCAAAGAGAGGUUUAACAAACUCAGAGUCAGAAUACAGGAUCUGGAGCAGAUGGCCAGAGAGCAGGACAGAGAGACGGACAGACAGGACAUACAGGCAGAGACGGAGAGUCAGAGGAGACAGAUGAUGAGUAACCAGACAGCGUGGAGAAAAGCCAACCUGGCCUGUAAACUGGCCAUGGACAACGUGGAGAAGGACGAGCUGCUGUGUGGAGGAGAGAACCACACCGUCAGACACAGGAAGGCGACUAAAGAGAGCCUGGUGGAGACCAGCAGUAACAUCACGGAGAGUCUGAUGUCUGUCAGCAGGUUGAUGGCUGAGCAGGUGAAGCAGAGCGAGGACACCAUCGGCUCACUGGCCACCUCCUCCAGGACGGUGCAGGAAACCAACGAGGAGUUCAAAAGCAUGACAGGAACCAUUCACCUGGGGAGGAAACUCAUCCUGAAGUACAACCGACGGGAGCUGACGGACAAACUGCUCAUCUUUCUGGCGCUGGCUCUGUUCUUCGCCACAGUUCUCUACAUCCUGAAGAAACGCCUUUUCCCCUUCAUCUAA